GGCAUGGUGUCAGUGAACAUUGUUUUCUUAUCAUUAUAUUGUUCCUCUGUUCAUGGUUUUCUAACCCUGUUUUAUAUAUCUGGUAUAUGAUUCCUAAUAUUUAAGUUUAACUAGUUUCAGAGAAUGGGAACAUAUCUUGUCAUUUGUUGAGUAUUGACUGGUUUUAAUUUUUUUUGCUCAGCAAAAAUAACAUAUUAUAUUAAAGAUGAGUACCAGAGGUACUAGAAAAUACAAUAGGAAACCCAAUGUACAGAUAGAUCGGGACAAACAAGAUACAGCAGCUAGAAUAGCCCAAACUACUGAGAAAGACCAGGGCCUUCAACUAUUCUCAAAUGGCUGUCCUAAGAAAAACAUCUUUGAGAUUUGAGGACCAUUGAUUGAAAUGUAAAGAGAAAUUUUCUUCAAAACAUCUGAGCCAUGACCAUAACAUGAACACUGCAUCAUCCAUUAAUUUCUGGCCAUCAAAGACCGCAUUGGAGAAAAUAAUACUGUUCCUCUGCUUCCAAAUCGAGUAAGUGAGAGCAAACCACCACCACUGCCUUCUUUUUCCUUGCAUCCCUGCAGGAACUACACAAAUAUGCUGCAUAAAAUGCUGAUCUGGAUUAUAAGGGAAAACGCCCAUCAUAUUUACCCAUGACUGCGACUCCCACCAUAAAGGAUUAAUUUUACUGCAGUGGAAGAAUAAGUGGCCUGCAGUCUCUUCCCCUAAUCUGCAGAAAGGACACAAUUGCUCUUGUAACUCAACCCGCUUCUUUUUCAGAUUAUCUUUAGUUGGCAAUUUGUCUUGAAUCAACCUCCACGCGAAGAUAGCCACUUUCAGAGGGACCCUAAGCUUCCACAACUCCUUGAACUUUCCAUCCUGACCAUCUUCCACUGUGACAUGAUGAAUUGCCUUGUAAGCGCUCUUAGUUGAAUAACAGCCACUAGGCUCCGCCGCCCACUUCCAAUGAUCAUUUACUUCCGGUCUGAUUAUGAUCCCUUCCAGCUGCUGGAGGAAAGCAUCCGCCAUACCUAUCUCGCUAUCAAACAAAAGUCUCCUCCACUUAAAAUUCCACUCCCACCCCCCUUCUUUCACAGCACCUAUUUGAUGAAUGAAUUGAUGUUGUUGAUCUGAUACGGUGUACAAUCUAGGAUAUAUCUCAGCCAAGCUUUUAUCUCCUCCUAUCCACCUAUCCUCCCAAAACUUAAACUUAUCCCCACUUCCGACCCUCCAUAGAAUCAACCUGUUCAGCUGGUGAUCUUGAUUUAGACUUUGAUUGACUAUCUUUAGAUCCCUCCACCAUAAUGAUUCAGUGUUGUCCCUCGAAGCUCCAUCAAGACUCCUCCAACCUCCGUACUUCGAUUCAAGGACUCUAGACCAAGUCUCCUCCUGAUUCUGAAACAUCUCCCAUUUCCACUUUCCUAAUAGAGAUGCAUUGAACGAUACAAUAUCCUUGACUCCCAACCCACCUAGCUCCUUAGGCUUACAAACCUUUUCCCACUUGAUCCACGGAAUUUUAUUUUGAUCCGCUGCACCACCCCACAAGAAAUUCCUUUGUAACCUGGUUAGCUUACUAACCACCUUCCUCGGGACCCUGAAAAAAGAUAAAAAGUAAAUUGGAAUAGAUGUUAGCACGGAAUUUAUGAGAAUCACUCUCCCCCCGAAAGACAAGUGUGUCUCCAUCUCGCUAAUUUUCUCUCACACUUCGAGAUUAAGGGUUCCCAAGUCUGACAUCUUCUAGGAUUAGCACCAAUAGGUAUUCCAAGGUAUGAGAAAGGAAAAGACAUCAACCCACAAUUGAGAUAACUGGAUGCAUCAUAAGUCCACUGCUCAGACACCCCAAAGGCCCCACAACUACUCUUGGCGAAAUUUAUCUUUAACCCCGAUGCCAUCUCGAAAGCUCUGAGAAUUGCUUUGAUAGUUCUUACAUUCGCUAAGGUUGCUUCUCCCAAAAAUAUCGUGUCAUCUGCAUACUGAAGAAGACUAACCUCCACCUUCUUUGUGCCCACUAAGAAACCCUUGUACAAUCCUCCCUCAAUUGCUUUGGUCAUUAGGCAACUCAAACCUUCGGCAACAAUGUUGAACAAAAAGGGUGAUAACGGGUCACCCUGUCUAAGGCCUUUCUGAGGAUAGAACUCCUUCGUAGGGCUUCCGUUGAUCAGGACUGAGAUGGAAGCUGAUUUAAGACAUCCCUGAAUCCACCGAAUCCACUUCGGAUCAAAACCCAUUCUCCUCAUCAUGUAAAUCAGAAAAUCCCAAGACACUGAGUCAUACGCCUUCUCAUAGUCCACUUUGAAAACCAUGCAAGGUUUUUGGCUUCUUUUGGCUUCUUUUGGCUUCUUCAACUACCUCGUUAGCAAUCACCACACUAUGAAGCAUGUGUCUACCUUGAAUGAAAGCUGAUUGGCACUCACUAAUUAUGAGGGGUAACGUUCUCUUCAAUCUGUUAGCCAACACCUUAGCAAGGAUCUUGUAUGUGCAACCAAUGAGAGAAAUAGGUCUAUAUUCAUUCAAGCCUUGAGGGUCCGGCACCUUCGGGAUUAAAGCUAUGAAUGGUGCGUUCAAACCCCUCGGAAAGACUCCAUUAACAUAAAAUUCAUCAAAGAAUCGAAGAAAAUCUGGUUUGAUGACUUCCCAAAACUGCUUAAUGAAUUUGAAAUUGAACCCAUCUGGCCCUGGACUUUUGUCACUACCACAGCUCCACACAGCCCUUCUUAUCUCCUCUUCCUGAAAGCGCUCCAGUAGCAUGGCAUUCUGCUGUGAAUCAAUGGUUCUGAAACUGAUCCCGUUCAGAGUUGGUCUAUGAAAAUUUGUUUCCUGAAACCUCCGAGAAAAAAAUCUUCUAACCUCCUCUUUGACUUCAGCCGGUUCCUCCUUCCAAACCCCAUCAACCAGCAAUCCAUUUAAACUAUUGGAUCGCCUCCUGGAGUUUAUCAACAAAUGAAAAUACCGCGAAUUACAGUCACCCUCCUUAAUCCAUCUGGAUCUUGCCUUCUGCCGUAACAGCGACUCAUGAGUUUGGGCUGCCUCCCAAACCUGCUGCUGCAAAUUCUUUUUAAGUGUCCGCUCAUUAUCAUCCAAUGGUCUAUCUGCUGAGUCCUCUUCUAUUUUGUUUAAUUCUUCCUCUAACCUCUUGAAGCGGCUGAAAGUGUCUCCAAAAUGAUCUUUAUUCCACUCCUUUAUCUUCUAUUUGAGAGCUUUGAGUUUGUUUUUCAGAACAUAACCCCCCCAUCCACUUUGAUUGUUGGAUGACCAGAAUUCGGGCACCAUCUUCUUAAAGGAUACUUCAGAUAACCAACAGUCCAAUAAUCUGAACGGUUUUGGACCCUAAUCAUUGGUUUUGGAUCUAAAUAGAAUGGGACAAUGAUCCGAGAAAUUUCUGGCUAGCGGUGUUUGGAUUGAUCCAGGCCAUUUGGAGAGCCAUUCUGGGGAAACAAAGGCUCUAUCCAACUUGCUUUUCGCUGACCCAUUAGGUCUGAACCAAGUAAAUCUCUUUCCCACCCAUGGCGCUUCUUCUAAUUCCAGCUCCUCAAUCCAGCUAUUAAAAUCCCUUAUGCUUCCAUCCACCAGCCCCCUCUGCGAAGACCCCACUCUUUCUCCAUUUGUCCUGAUGUUGUUAAAGUCCCCUAUAAUACACCAAUAUCCAUUUGGAUUCUGGUUUUUCAGCUGAGAAACUUUAUCCCAUAACACCUUCUUGUCUUGCAGGUUACAAGGGGAGUAGAUAUUCACAACAUGCACUGCUAUGGAUUCUUUGCCCCACUUUCCUGUCAAAAGAAUGAAGCCUGUUCCAACAGAUUUACUCUCCACCUUAAGAGAGUUUUGAUUCCAAAUACAAAGGAUACCACCAGCUGAAUUUACUGAUGGUACCUCCUCCCAGCAGAAAUCAACAUCUCCCCAAAGAGCCCUGCACAUACUCUUAUUAAUACUUUCCUUUUUUGUUUCUUGAAGACAUAAAAGGUCAAUAUGAUGCUCCUUUACCAUUCUUCUGAUUGCUUGCCAUUUAACCCCCCUCCCCAGCCCCCUUACAUUAUACGAAAUGAUAUUCAUAGAGACUUUCCCCUUCCACCCAAGCUAGCUGCCUCUUUUCCGUCUCUCUCUUCCAUUUCUUUCAAUUGUUUCAUAUAAUCUCUUUGAGAAGCAUCUGUUGUCAAUCCCAAUUCUUUAAUCAUUCUCCAUAAGCUUUCUUCUGGAAGGUCCAAAUUUUGCUCCCGAAUCUGGUUUUGCUGCCUAUUUUGAGCUAAAGAAACUUCUGAUUGUAUAUGGGGGUUAGCUGAUCCAUGUCCUUCAUUAUCCUGCUGGUACGGUCCACUCUGAACAUGCUCUGGGCUUAGAGCAGUUUGGUUCGAGUCAGCCUCACCUAUAUGGGCUUCAGCUCUCUUCAACUUUCUUUUACGGGAAUACAUAAGCAAUGGGGUUAAAAGAGGUGUUGCUUUUAAAACUGGGCCUUUAUUGGGGGUGGAGCAUAUAUUAGGGGGGGUGUUAAUAGUCUGGCCCGAACCCAGCAGGCCCAACUUCUCCUUUUCACAUGUCUUUGGUGAGGAGAGUUCAAAAUCUGCUUUUUCUUCCUCGUACGCCAUUCCACCAACGUUUCUUGUCUGCUCCUUCAUACCAUUUUCAUGCAAGUUGCCCAUGUCGUCAGAGCUGACAUCCCCCCCAAGGUCUUCUUCUUCCCCUAAUUCUGUCUUCCCUUCUUCCUGCAUCUCUGAAUGCUCCCUGUCAUUGGUCUGGAGGCAUUUAACGCCUGUCAGAGCUUGGUUCGCUUGUUUCACGACCCAUCGGACAAUAGCUUUGUCCUUUGGGUCAUUGCCAUUCGUCGUCCCAGUCGCCGUGCCGUUUCGAGACUCAUCCCCCAAGACCACCGCCGAUCCUCCUGACCUCUCGUCGCCACCGUCCCUGUCCUCCGCCGCACCCAUCAUCACCGUCUGGGAUGAGACUCCCUUUUGGGUUUUUGAUGGCGCGACGUCACUUGGUCUUCUGCACUUAUCUUCCUCGGCCAUCAACGCUCCCUCCGACGCCGCCUCCUCCGUAUCUACUGCCAUGAAGGAUGGAGUUUUCCUUCUCCCCGGCUGCUGUGAUCCAUUCAAUGAGAAAGCUCUUCGGGCUAGCCGGGGUGCCUCGUUUCAGCUCCCUGUUGUUUCUGGCAGUUGGAAUCACCUGGAGUCGCUCAAAAAAGAAUUCCAAAUGAGGUUUCUGGCUGGUCAUCCAGAGCAUGAAGGGUUGGUCAAGCCAGUGAGUUCACUCUCUCCAAGCUUCUGUGAUUCCUUAUCAGAUACACCAUUGUGCUUGGUUUUAGGCAGUGAAGGAAGUGGCCUUUCAGAAAAAUCCCUGCAGACAUGUGAGCUUGUGAGCAUUGCAAUGACUGGAGAAUAUGAGUCACUCAAUGUUUCAGUUGCUGGUGGAAUUUUCUUGUACAUGCUCCAACCAAAGAAUCCAUGAUUCUGUAUUUGUAAGGUCUCAUUUAAGCUAAUAAGCCUCCUCUUGUCAUGCUAUUGCAA